AGUCAGGCGCGGGCGUGAGGGCUCCUGCGGCCAGCGCCCCAGGAAGUCGCUUCUGCCUUCAGGGAUUUGAAGUCUAGUAUCUUUUUUUUUUCUUUCCCUCCACCCCCACUGAAUUAUAUUCACUUCCCCGUUCAGCUAUUGAAUGCUGGCAGUGUUUGGAUUGUUCCUGCCGCCUGGGCUCCAUCCGACCAAACAGCGAUUACUACUCGACUAUUAAGUUUUCCUGGUAUUCGUAAUCUCCAUGGCAGCCGAGUCCAAAGCGUUAAGAGCUGCUCGGCCCUUGAAACAGUCGGUUUGUUUUCCAAUUCCGGGACUCGGGGGUGAAAGCAAAAAGAAAAACGCACUCCAGGGUCACAUCUCAGUCUAGUUCCCUCAAUACGUGCUGCCAUCCGCCCCUCCCCUCAGAACUAGGGAACCCCCACUUUGGACGCGCUCUGCCUCCUUCCAGAGCUCGGCGCCCCGUUCCCCCAGGACUCUCAGACUUCACGGAGGCCAACUUGAGGUCCGCCACUAUCCCAGGAUUCCCGACUCCCGGUUUCCUGCCCUUUUCCCCUCCCAGCUCCCGGCGCCCGAGGCAGCGGCAAGAUGGCGGACGGGCACGGCUUGUGUGAAGCCGGCGACGCGACCUCGACUCCGGCAUCUCCUCCCGACGUGAGCCCGAGGCUGGGCUGGAAGGAGCGGCUACGGGCCGGGCUGGCGGGAACGGGGGCCUCGUUGUGGCUCGUGGCGGGGUUGGGGCUGCUUUACGCUCUGAGGGUCCCGCUGAGGCUGUGUGAGAACUUGGCAGCGGUGACAGUGUUUUUAAAUUCAUUGACACCCAAGUUCUAUGUGGCACUUACAGGGAUCUCUUCUUUGAUAUCAGGACUAAUAUUUAUAUUUGAAUGGUGGUAUUUCCAUCAGCAUGGCACAUCUUUUAUCGAGCAAGUGUCUGUAAGCCAUUUGAGACCACUGAUGGGAGGAGCAGACAGCAAUAUCUCAGAGCCAGUUUCUCUUUCCAGCAGCAGACAAAGUGUAACCAGCAGACACCAUUGUUUUUCAGAAUGUAAAGUGUGGAGAAACCCUCUAAACCUUUUCAGAGGAGCAGAAUAUAGGAGAUACACGUGGGUGACUGGGAAAGAGCCACUUACGUACUAUGACAUGAACUUGUCAGCUCAGGACCAUCAGACCCUUUUCACCUGUGACACAGACAGUCUACGUCCUUCAGACACAGUUAUGCAGAAGGCAUGGAGGGAAAGAAAUCCCCCAGCUCGGAUCAAAGCAGCCUAUCAAGCUUUAGAACUAAACAAUGACUGUGCCACUGCUUACGUCCUAUUGGCUGAGGAAGAAGCAACAACCAUUAUAGAUGCGGAAAGGUUAUUUAAGCAGGCACUCAAAGCAGGAGAAACAAUGUAUAGGCGAUCACAGCAGUGCCAGCACCAAAGUCCUCAGCAUGAAGCUCAACUGAGGAGAGAUACCAAUGUGCUGGUGUAUAUUAAAAGAAGAUUGGCAAUGUGUGCAAGAAAGUUAGGAAGAAUAAGAGAAGCAGUAAAAAUAAUGAGAGAUUUGAUGAAAGAAUUUCCUCUUCUUACCAUGUUGAACAUCCAUGAAAAUCUCUUAGAAUCACUUUUAGAAUUACAGGCCUAUGCAGAUGUUCAGGCAGUCCUAGCAAAGUAUGAUGAUAUAAGCCUUCCAAAGUCAGCAGCAAUCUGUUAUACAGCAGCUUUGUUGAAGACAAGGACUGUUUCAGAGAAAUUCUCAGCAGAAACAGCUUCUAGAAGAGGGUUAAGCUCAGCAGAGAUUAAUGCUGUGGAAGCAAUUCAUAGAGCUGUGGAAUUUAAUCCUCAUGUUCCAAAAUAUUUGCUAGAGAUGAAAAGUUUGAUUUUGCCCCCAGAGCACAUUUUGAAACGGGGUGAUAGUGAAGCAAUUGCCUAUGCUUUCUUUCAUCUUCAGCACUGGAAGCGAAUAGAAGGUGCUCUUAACCUCUUACAGUGCACGUGGGAAGGCACUUUCAGAAUGAUUCCGUACCCACUGGAGAAAGGACAUCUAUUUUAUCCUUAUCCCAGUUGUACAGAGACUGCUGAUAGAGAGCUAUUGCCUAAUUUUCAUCAUGUUUCUGUUUACCCAAAGAAAGAGCUUCCUUUUUUCAUCCAUUUCACAGCAGGACUGUGCUCUUCUACAGCGGUGAUAGCCCUUCUCACACACCAGUUUCCUGAAAUCAUGGGUAUUUUUGCCAAAGUUGUAAGUAUGAUCUCAAGGACUUGUGUGGAGUAUCUGUAAAACCCACAAGAAAACCAUCCCUGAUGUUUGGCCUAACCUGGUUGAGCAGUGGAAAACUUCGUUAUGUUAAAUUACAAGAAUUGAUUUGUAAAAUUGCUGUCAUAAAUAUGUCAAGCAUAAGUUUUUUGUGAUUUGAGCUAUACAUUUGUUGAUUAAAAGUUUAAAGAAAACAAUACCAUACAUUAUAAAGUUGGUCCAUAUAGCUCAUUUUGGUGAUAAACUUGUUACUCAUUACUAGUAAGAAUAGUUUUUAUUAGUAUAUUUUCUUUAAUAUUUAUAAACAUUACCUAUUUUGUAAACAAGCUUUUGGGUUUUUUUUUCUCCUAGUUUAUUGAACUUAUUAGUUCUAUGGAGCUGCUGCAAGUAAAAUGUACAAUAGGUAGUUAGGAUGGGACAUGAGGGACGUCUCACCUGGGUAUACAGUUGACCUCCAUACUCAGUGGUUCUUCUUAUUAUUUUCUUUACAUGAUUUUAGUGACCUUUUCCCAAUUUUCCAUGUACAGUCAUGUUCAGAGCUUUCCUUUCAUUUUUACCUAUUACUUUAGACUACUUCCCCAUUUCUUGACUCAGGAACUACUUGAAGACUCAAAGAGUAUUCCAUGACUGUGUGUUUCUCUGUAUAAGUUAAUUAAUGUCACUGGUUCAAUA